AUGAAUCGAUGCGGCUGCAUGCCACGUGCUGCUAGAGUGUGUGCAGUCGCCUGGGCUUUGACGGCUUUGGGCCUUUUACCAGGAUACAUGGGGCUUUGGCCACGCUGUCCAGAUGUCCCGGACCAGCAGCGGACAAGUCAUUCGUGCCGCCGGGCUUCACGCCGCAUGCGGGGGCACUCUGCCGCCCUGGACAUGUACAUCGUCGAGAUUCCAGAGCUGUCAGCGAAGGUGGCAAUCACACCGUGUCCUGGAAAGCGAGAGCGUGAUCUGGGCGCAGAUCUGGAUGCCGUAAAGUCUUGGGGAGCAGAGGCAGUUGUCACCCUGGUGCAGGAUGACGAGCUGCGAAUGCUAGGCGUAGAGGACAUGAAGACUGCGGUGGAGAGCCGUAAGAUGAAAUGGUUCCACUGCCCGGUGCCAGACUUCAGUGCUCCCGGAAUGUUUUUCGAAGGUUGCUGGGUCCAGCGUGGCGACGGUGAGAAAGUCAGAAAGAUUUUGCGCAAAGGCGGCAAAGUUGUCGCGCACUGCCGAGGAGGAAUCGGUCGAGCAGGCACCAUCGCCUCGCGCCUGCUCAUCGAGUUGGGCGUUGCUAGCCCUGAAGAAGCCUUGCGCCGUGUGCGCAGGGCACGCCCUGGUGCCGUGGAGACGUGGGAUCAGGAGAACCAUGUGCUGCAAUUGACGGCUGUGAAGGAGUAA